GCCGAAGAGUGAAAGUGGCUGGUCGUUGUGUUUACUUGAGCGAUAGUCGGAACAUGUCGAGAAUAUACGCUCUUAUAAUUUCUUAUUACGGAUAGUCCAAGUGUUAAAUAAUUAUUUUUUGCGUGUUUAUGGAAUGCAGUCUGAUUUUAGUCAGUGUAAUUUUAGGUUCCUCAAUAAUAUCAAGUGCCAGCUUUAGCCUCCCUUCUUUAUUAUUUUAAUUUUUUUUCUUUGGGAUUAUUGGACAAGUAAACACAGGAAUGGCGCUAGCUAUCACUCUUCUGGCGAUUUGCCUAGUCGGCGCGAAUGCGGCUCAGAUCCCGUUGACUUUAGGUGCGCCCAGUAUAAACCCCGAAGUGCGAGUGAACUGCAAGAGCGAACAGAUGUCGAUCACGGUGCGGACGAACAACGGGAUGUUCGACGGCAUGAUCUACCCCCGCGGGCUGGGGAGGAACUCCUCCUGCAUGUCCCAGUACAGCAGGGCCGUGGGGCCUCUCAGCUACGAGCUUCCCCUCAGUGCUUGCAACACCAUGAGUUCGAGCAUGGAUGACGGUACAGUGGAAUACUACAACACCAUCGUAGUCCAGCCCCAUAGGAAACUGGUUACUAGCCAGGGUAAAGGGUUUCAUGUCAGGUGUAAAUAUACGACUAGGGAAAAAAUAGUUACGAACGACAUCAAUGUUAAUACAUUAGAACCAACAUUGCUGCUAGGAACUGCGCCUAUGCCUGGUUGCACAAUGGUAAUAUAUCAAGGAGAUGAAGUGGCACAGAAUGUGAAAAUCGGAGAACAGUUGACUUUGAGAGUUUCUAUCGACACUCAAGAAGUCUAUUCAAUGCGUCUCACACAUUGCUCAGUGACAGACGCAACCAACUCAGCUUCGCAGCCGCUUAUUGAUGACUAUGGAUGUGCAGUUGAUCGUGAAAUAAUGGGACCUUUUGAAUAUAGUUCAGAUGGCAACUCUGCUAAAGUUGAUUUUCAAGCCCACAAAUUUCCGUACACCGAUUCUGUGUAUUAUCACUGCAAUGUUCAUCUCUGCCUUAAGUCUUCAUGUCCACCACCUCCUGAUUGCCAAAACUCGAGACGAAGACGUCGAUCGGAAGAAGGAAGUCCUGCUACUAUUGAAGUUUACAGUGGUCUUUAUGUUAAUGAAGCCAAUGAUAUUCCAAAAUCAGAACAGCUUGACCUUGUCGAAAGAGAAAAGGCAUUGGAAAACCCCAAUAACAUCUGUAUUUCUCAAAGGAAUUUCGCAAUUGGAAUAGCGAUAGCUGGCUUAGUCCUGAUGCUAAUGGUGAUCGCUGCAUUUGUAAUACUGCUCACCAGACGAAGGACUAAGAAGGAUGUGUCCAGCGGAAGCUCAAUUUACAGUGGCCCUUAUACUAACACAGCAUAUAGCCACAGUAGUUGAACGACCAUCUUCUCUAAUUAGUUUUCAAAAUUAUCGACUGCUCAUAUCGUUUUUAUUACAAAUACUGUGGUAACAGAUUAUUCAUAUAAUGUAUAAUUAAUCUGAACUUUCUUUUAAGUGUCAUAAUUAAAAUUUGUAAUCAAAUCGCAUGAUAUAGCCUAUCUGUGUUUCAAUCUGUUUGUGCUAGGUGCUCAUUUAGGUUUAAUUUAUUAAUUAUAUUGUGCCUGGAUUGUGGUCUGGUGAAAGAAUGACCAUUCUCGUUGUUUGUACUGAUUUGUUAUAUAUUUGACAGAGAACGAACUGAAUGCUGUUGUUUUUAACGAAACUGGUAGAAUCAAAGUACUUCCUUUAGUUUGUUUUGUUAUAAACAACGUUUAUUAUUUCAGUUCGUUCUCUGAAUAUCUGGAUAGCUGUGUUAGUGGGUCCUCUUCUUAUUGGCUUUGGACAUAAUCUGUAUGUUAGCUUUAAGUUAAAUGUGCCAUAAGGCAUCUAAUAAAAUUAUAAAAAAUAACUGAAUAACUUUCUAAACUGUUCCUUCCCGAAAAUAUUUUAAGAACAGAGUUUUUCAUAGCUUCCUUCUUUGUUGAGUGGUUAAGUUGAAAGACAUAGUCUUCACUUUGCUUAGACACUCGUUGGUUCUACAUUACAGAGACAUUGGUUCAAAAAUUCAUUGUUUAUAUGUUACAAAUUAUUUGUAAUAUCGGUUGUACAUUAUUAGUUAUGCUGCAAUGAUUUUCUGGACCUUUGUCUUAUUAGGCUCAUGAUAUUAAUGUAGGUUUAAUUGAUAAUUGUAAUAUUUUAACUGUAGUCAAUUUACUAGUUUAGUAUUCCCUCAUUAAUUAAAUACAAAUUCAU